UCGAAUCUUUCCUAAUCGUUCUAUUCCACUACGCUUUUCGAAGGUUUCGUUAAUUAAUUGAUUAUAUAUGUCUCAAUUUUUGCACACGCGAACUGCAACGAUAUUAAGCGUAAGAGAUUGAACGCUUUGACGUUGUGUGAGUGUAUAAUGUAUUUGAAUUUUCCAUAAUUUCUAUCGUGGCGGGAUAAGCAUUCUAGGAUAGCUUUUCGGGUGCAGAAACCUAAUUUGGUUAUCAAACAUAAGUAAUCCAGUCGCGUCACAAUUUGUCACCGAUCAGAGGCUAUGGCAGUCAGGAUGAGGCGGCAUUGGCCGAAUACGAUCAUAUUGUGCCUGACGAUCGUCAUCAUUGUGGCCAGCACGCAUUUCCGCUUGGCCUCAACGUGCCUGAUGCCUCCUCCCAAGUCGGCCAUGGACUGGGCGUGCGAAGGCAGCGAUCCACAGAAUGCCCACUGCGUAUUUGGGUAUCUUGCGCAAAAACGCCCUGUUACGAAAGACAUCAAAGCACCAGAAGGCAAGCCUUUCGAGCUCCAUUGCGAGCCACUCGUUCGCGUGAAACCGCUGUUGUACGAACGAGACUGGCCGCAGCACGGAGCGGGUGGCCGACUGCGCAUGUCGGCCGGUGGCUACUUCUGGACACUCAACGGCACCGUCGUCUACUGCGGCAGAGCGCGCUGUUCGAUCCAUCGGCUGACCUUUGCAUCCAUCCGUCGCGCUGACGCCGGCACCUACACUUGUGCUUACCUCCAUCCCUGCGAAUACGAACUUUCUCGGGCGGAGCGGUACAGCUUUUGCCCUCUCGAGUACGGCAUUGCUGUCCGUCUCACAGUUGAUCCAGCUUCGAAAGCUGUAAAUAACACGGAACAGCCUACCUUCGCAAGAGUGACAGCGCCAUGGAAAAGCAGCGGUUCCUGUGCUGUGACCUCUGCGUUCCCUUGGACAACCAUGAUCAGCACGCUGUUAUGGUCGACAAAUUUCCACUUAAAAAAAAUUUCCUCUUGGCGUACCUUUUAAGUUGACUGUGCUUGUACUGAUAUUUUAAUAUUGUGCAUUGUUUCUGGCUGAAUCGCUAAAUUAACUGCGCGUGCUACUGUCUGUGCAGCCGUUAGCGCAUGGAAUCUCGCCGCAUCGGCGCGAUUCAGUAUGCAUUGCAGACAUUGCUCUCGAUCACGCGAGCUCCGUAUACGCGAAUGCAUAACUGUAGAUUUGAUUGGGCCAGAAUCCUCCGGGAAUCAUGCACAUUCACUGCGUUACGCGAGAUCACUAUUUUGACUCGCGCCUUAUUACGCUUGUUAGUCCAUGUUCCCGUGAAAGUUUAUGAUGUUAGCAUUAAUUAUUUGUUUCGCAUGCGUAUCUAAAUCACUUUCGUUGAAGUCAUUGUACGUACCCACAUGAUA